AUGGCUACCCCUCGCCUGUUUCCUCAAAUACUCGCCGCAGAGAUUGACGGUCGCGCGCACAAUGUUCAAUACCGACAAGUUCAAUUCAAUCGUUUGCAGUCGAACAUAGUCCUACAAACCGACGAGCUCACACAAGCCCUUCUCGAAUGGACCGGACACACACUGGAGGAGGUUCGGGCGGAGAUUUGUUUGGCGUUGGAUGAAAUUCGUACUCAUUAUGAUUCCUUGGAUGCUGAGAAGAAUCUGCAAGAGGAAUACAGCAUAUUUCAUGGAAAGGAUUUCCGAGAAGGUAAACGGGGUGUUGGAAUCGUGUACAUUGUACCAAUCGGGCACACCAUUUUCUUCUCUGCCAUCUCCGCUAUAGCUGCCGCUCUGGCAGCUGGGAAUUGCGUUAUAUUGGAACUCAAAGGAAAUGCCCCGAUCAUCAAGUUAUUGCAAGACCUUCUGAUCCAGGCUCUUGAUCGCGAUACAUUUGCGAUCAGCGAAAAAAGGCCGGAUGAUGCAUUCCUCCGCAAGACUCUUCUGAUUAACCAGGAAGAGUCAAUGAGUUCAAGGGUUGCAGCUGUUGUCGACCGUUCGGCUGAUAUCGCGAAAGCAGCAGAUCGACUGGUAUCUGCACGCUUUGCAUUUGGUGGAGCUUCACCUUAUUCACCGGACAUUGUGCUGGUCCAUGAAGCUGUGCUCAAGAGCUUUUUGGAGGAAACCGCGCGGGGGACCUGGAAGUAUUGCGCAAUGAAUGCUAAGAGAUCUUUCAGUAGCGAGUCAGUCCCAGAACUUCUCAGCAAGACGGAAAAGAACCCCGACGCACAAGUUAUUGUUACUGGGACUGGCUGGGGGGUAAUGAAAGUCGACAGUCGGGAAUCACAGUUGCUACAAGGGAAGUUAAAUGAAAGAGUUCUUCUCAUUCAUCCUUGCACAAGCCCUGAUGAUGCUAUCGAGGCUGCUCGGCAAAAUGGCCCAUUUGCUGCAUCGUACAUAUUUGCAGACCCUACCUCUGCUAAAUACUUAGCCCAGUACAUCGACGCCCGCGUUUCUUGGGUGAAUCACGUUCCAACCGAAAUGCUAGUCGGUCCUUUGGCAAGUGACAAUAGCCCUCUAGGCCCUAGCACGCGUUAUUCACCAGCGACUUUUGAGAUACAGAGGUCCCAAAUUGUGACCGAAACCAAUAUCUCCUUGAAGAUGAAGACUUUGUUACAUGCGGGGUCGACGCAAAGCUCAGAGAAGCUAUGGCGAGAGGCUCUUACCCCUUUGAAGCCAACGAGGCAACCUCUUGGAAAGUCCAUCGGUCAUUUUGAGCAAGGAAUCAUUACUGGUGGAGUUCUCACCUUGACUUCGCUCUUAGCGAUGACUGGCACUCUAGUUUACUACAUGGGAAAAUAUGGAUCGAACUACUUCGCCUAG